AUGGCGGCGCCCGCCGACUCUCCCUCGCUUGUGGCCGGGCUUGAAAAGACUUGGGGGACAGUCGUUCGCUCCCCAGAAGGGACCCCGCAGAAAGUUCGACAGCUGAUAGACGAAGGGAUUGCAGCGGAAGGAGGCGGCGCCGACGCAGUCCUGUUUUCUAGCCUUCAAACUUUCUCCUCCCUAAAGUGGGCCGGGAAGCCCUUGGAGCUGUCUCCACUUGUCUGUGCAAAGUAUGGCUGGGUCACAGUUGAAUGUGACAUGCUCAAGUGCUCCAGCUGCCAGGCUUUUCUCUGUGCCAGUUUACAGCUGACAUUUGACUUUGACAGAUAUAAGGAACGAUGUGCUGAGCUGAAGCAAGCCUUGUGUACUGCCCACGAGAAGUUCUGUUUCUGGCCAGACAGCCCCUCUCCAGAUCGAUUUGGGAUGUUGCCAUUGGAUGAACCUACUGUUGUUCUUAGUGAAGUUCUAGGUCGUUUCCAAAGCCUUUGUCACUUGGACCUCCAGCUUCCUUCCCUGAGGCCAGAGGACUUGAAAUCUAUGUGUUUCACGGAAGACAAGAUCAGUCUUCUCCUACACCUGCUUGAAGAAGAACUUGAUCACCGAACUGAUGAGAAGAAAACUACAACCAAUUUUGGAAAUGUUACCCUUUGUGCAAGUGUACUUUGUUCUCUCUUCAUCCCUAGUUCCUCCUUGGAACCAAUGCAGCUUUCCCUGUUGACGUGCUCUCAAUGUAUGCGGAAGGUGGGGCUCUGGGGCUUCCAGCAGAUUGAGUCGUCCAUGACAGACCUGGACUCGUCUUUUGGCCUCAGCAGCUCUCCUGUCCCAGGUUCUGAGGGACGGCCAGAGCGCUUCCCUCUGGUUCCUGAGUCUCCUCGGAGGAUGAUGACCCGCAGCCAGGAUGCCACGUGUUCCCCAGGCUCCGAGCAGGCUGAAAAGAGCCCAGGUCCCAUCAUCUCCCGUACUCGGAGCUGGGACUCUUCCAGUCCUGUUGACCGUCCUGAACCAGAAGCUGCUAGUCCCACCACCAGGACCCGCCCAGUGACCCGAAGCAUGGGGACCGGAGACCCUCCUGGCCUGGACGUGCCCUCUAGCCCUCUGCGGAAAGCCAAACGAGCCCGUCUCUGCUCCUCCAGCAGCUCGGACACACCUUCCCGAAGCUUCUUUGAUCCCACCUCUCAGCACAGAGAUUGGUGUCCCUGGGUGAAUGUCACACCCAGUAAGGAAACUGGAGAGAAAGGCGGAGUGGAUGGUGGCCCCGUGGGCGAGCCUGGCUGGAAGGCUGUGUUGACCACACUGCUGGCCCACACUCAGUCCAAGCAGCCUGCUGAAGCUGACUCCUUGAGUUUCUCUGAGAAGUCGAGGAAGGUAUUCCGAAUAUUCCGGCAAUGGGAAUCAUUAUGCUCAUCCUGA